UCUUCACAAAACACCAAAUCCCUAAAACAUCCUCUUCCUCUUUCCACCACUUUCAUUUUGAAAAAUGAGAUAAGGUCACAAAACAAAUAUCCACAACUCUUUGGUUCCACUUCCACACUCCUCUAAUGGCUACUUCCCUUUCUUCUGUCAUCCACAUCUCCUUCGUCGACACCAAAACAACCCGAACACGAUUCUCCAUCUCCACUCCCACCUCUAAAUCCCACAGAAAAUUCAUCACCACUUCCUCCAAAUCCACCCCCGAAGUUCCAAUUUCCGAAACCACCCCACCAAACAACGACAAAAAAAACUCAUCUUUAUCCGACCAGCUCGCUCCUCUUGCAAACACAACGCUAUCCACUCUCCCAGAAAACCAACCCAAGGUCUUAUCAAAGCCAAAACCCACAUGGGUCAACCCCACUAAGACCAAGCGUCCUGUGUUGUCUCACCAGAGACACAAACGGUCCUCUACAUUCUAUAAUCCACAGUUGAAAGAGUUUCAACGUUUUGCUCAGAAAUUGAACAACUGUGAUGACUCUUCUGAAGCCGAAUUCAUGGCUUGUUUGGAAGAAAUUCCGAGUUCACUGACCCGAGAAAAUGCUCUCUUGGUGCUCAAUAGUUUGAAGCCGUGGCAGAAGACUCAUAUGUUUCUGAAUUGGAUUAAGAAUCAGAAUUUGCUUCCCAUGGAAACUAUAUUCUAUAAUGUUACAAUGAAGUCUUUGAGGUUUGGGAGACAGUUUGGGGUUAUAGAGGAACUUGCACACCAGAUGAUUGAUAAUGGGGUUGAACUGGAUAACAUUACUUAUUCAACUAUUAUAACUUGUGCUAAGAAGUGUAACCUUUUUGACAAAGCUGAGCAUUGGUUUGAGAGGAUGUACAAGACGGGGUUGAUGCCGGAUGAGGUAACUUUCUCGGCUAUUUUAGAUGUUUAUGCUAGGUUAGGUAAGGUUGAAGAGGUUAUUAGUUUGUUUGAGAGAGGGAGAGCAACUGGGUGGAAGCCUGAUCCGAUUACGUUUUCUGUGUUGGGGAAGAUGUUUGGGGAGGCUGGGGAUUAUGAUGGUAUUAGGUAUGUUUUGCAGGAGAUGAAAUCUCUUGGCGUGCAGCCUAAUUUAGUUGUGUACAAUACGUUGUUAGAAGCAAUGGGAAAGGCUGGGAAGCCGGGAUUUGCGAGGAGCUUGUUUGAAGAAAUGAUUGACUCGGGGAUAGCCCCAAAUGAGAAGACUCUAACCGCGGUAAUUAAGAUAUAUGGAAAGGCUAGGUGGUCUAAAGAUGCUCUGGAAUUGUGGAAACGAAUGAAGGAAAACGGUUGGCCUAUGGAUUUUAUCUUGUAUAAUACAUUGUUGAAUAUGUGUGCGGAUGUUGGAUUAGUGGAAGAAGCUGAAACUUUGUUCCGGGAUAUGAAACAGUCUCAGCAAUGCAAGCCUGAUAGUUGGAGUUACACGGCAAUGUUACACAUAUAUGGGAGUGAAGGAGAUGCAGUUAAGUCAAUGAAAUUGUUUGAAGAGAUGUGUAAGUUUGGUAUUGAACUCAAUGUGAUGGGGUGCACUUGUUUGAUUCAGUGCUUGGGAAAGGCCAUGGAUAUUGAUGCUUUGGUUAGAGUUUUUGACAUUUAUGUUGAGAGAGGAGUUAAGCCGGAUGAUAGGCUAUGUGGUAGCUUGCUAUCUAUUGUGUCUCUUUCUCAGGUUAGCAAGGAUGAGGAAAAAGUCCUUGCUUGUUUGCAGCGAGCUAACCCGAAAUUGGUUGCCUUUAUUCAAUUGAUUGUAGAUGACCAAACUAGUUUUGAGGCUGUCAAGGCAGAGUUUAAGGGUAUCAUGAGCAAUGCUGUGGUUGAGGUGAGAAGACCCUUUUGUAACUGCUUGAUUGACAUAUGUAGAAACAAAGAUCUCAUAGAGAGAGCCCACGAAUUGCUCUACCUAGGAACUUUAUAUGGAUUCUACCCAAGUUUGCACCACAAAUCACAACAUGAAUGGUGUUUAGACGUCCGAACAUUGUCCGUUGGAGCAGCUCUAACCGCACUUGAAGAGUGGAUGACUACACUCAGCAAAAUUGUUAAGCGGGAGGAGGCAUUACCAGACCUAUUCCUAGCCCAAACCGGUACCGGUGCUCAUAAGUUUGCACAAGGGCUCAAUAUUUCAUUUGCCUUUCAUUUGAGAAAGAUGGAUGCUCCAUUUAGGCAGAGCGAGGGUAAAGUUGGUUCAUUUGUUGCAACAAAGGAUGAUUUAGUCUCUUGGGUGCAAUCCAACUCUCCGUCGACAUCUAUUGCAACAUAAGAUGGUGAAAAAGUUCAAUCUCUUUGACUUUUUCUUUGUUAUGGUUAAUACCUUUAAAAGAUAUUUGGAAGUCUAUCCAUCAUUCAAAAUGAUAAGAUGUGGGGAGAAGCCAUAGAAGAUGAUGAUAUAUACUAUUUCCCUCGUUUAUUAGAAUGUAACACACCCUAAGAUUUAGUAUUUCUUUGUUUCUCUCUUCAUUUUGUCUCAAAUUUUUCAAGUGUUUUUUGGUAGAUUGUAUCUUUCUAGUUUUGGUAGAGGUCUGGAUGCUUGUAAGAUAUCAACAUGAAAAUAGUUAGGUGUUUAAUGAUGUCAUAGUAACAAACUGUUGUGCUUAUUUUGCAUCAUUAUACAAUUUCACUACAUCUCAAUGUUGUAUACUACAAUUUAAGUUGCUACAUUACAAAAGUUGAAAUUUUCAAUUUGGUUA